AUGAUCCUACACCGCUCAAGUCAGCUCCAAGCCUCGAUCGGGCACGGUAUAUGGAAGGCAGGACUCGAGGAGACGGUGGGGGGGAAGGUGGGGGCGGACCGAAUGGGGGAAAGGAUAGGAAGGAUACUUACCGCGUGUGAGACAAAGAACGUAGCCGGGUCGUAUAUCGAGCUCGAGCGCAAACGUCGAUCACCCGAUCUCCGACUCGAAAACGACGCACUGGCUCGCCCCGCCGAUGAUGAAAUUUGCUAUAACGCGCACGGGGACGAGUUUGGUGACGACGAGGAGGAGAGCGGGAUGGGGGGGACGAAGGUGAAGGCUGAGGGACAGGAGCAAGUUGAGCCACCGAAAGCAGUGGCAGCUGAAGAGCCUCGAAAAGAGUACAAGCAGACAAUAACUCACGCGACUCGCGCCUGGCGUCUGCAACGAGGCAAUACACUGGCGUCUCCCGAAAAAAGCUCAACCAUCGAUCCAGCACGGCGCCCUCAGACCUCGCAUAGACCGGCCACUCUUCCUCGGGGGACCUGGGGAGACCAUAUUGCGAUGCUCGGGACGUCCGCGACGAUGUGCAAGGCGAGGAGCACGGGGCAGGUUACUGGAUUGAGCGGGUACGACGUCGUAGAAGACUGGUUGGGUGGCGGCAGGGCAAGGGUUGUGGGAGCUGAAAGCAGGAAUUGGUCGUGCAGGGCGCUUAGCGCACGGAGUCGGAAGGAUGGCCGGGGUGGCAAACACAGCUCGCGGGAGGCUUGCAAUGUUCCGUCGCAGAGGAAUCGAUGGCGAGUGUAG